AUGGCCCUGCCACCGCUUGGAAGCCAGCGCCUUCUCGCCCGCCCGCUGCGCAGUGUCCCCGGGCUCGUUCCACUGCUGCUGCCGCUGCUGCUGGCACUGCCAGUCUGGGCUGGGGCCAACUGCCCCUGCCAGGAUCCAGCGCUGUGCCGCCCGAUCAGCCACCACCCGGACUUCGAGGUCUUUGUGUUUCAUGUUGGAGAGAAAACUUGGAAAUCUUACGACUGGUCACAGAUUACAACUAUUGUACUUUUUGGAGCAUAUGACUCAGAACUUAUGUGCUAUGCUCAUUCAAAAGGAGCCAGAGUAGUGCUAAAAGGAGAUGUAUCCUUAAAGUCUAUCAUGGAUCCUAAUUUUAGAGCAUCCUGGAUAGCUCAACAAGUUCAGUUGGCCAAAGCACAACAUAUGGAUGGAAUUAAUUUAGACAUAGAGCAAGAACUUAGUUGUUCAUCACCUGCAUAUGAUGCAUUAACUGCUUUAGUCAAAGAAACCACAGAUGCUUUCCAUCGUGAAAUUGAGGGAUCACAGGUAACCUUUGAUGUAAAUUGGUCUCCAAGGUACACAGACAGGUGCUAUAAUUAUACUGGAAUUGCAGAUGCUUGUGACUUCGUCUUUGUGAUGUCUUAUGAUGAACACAAUCCAGUCUGGUCAGAAUGUAUUGCAGCAGCCAAUGCUCCCUAUGAUAUGACAUUAACUGGAUACGAUGACUUCAUCAAGAGGGGCGUUAACCCUAAGAAACUUGUAAUGGGUCUUCCCUGGUAUGGUUAUGAUUAUACCUGCCUGAGUCUUUCAGAGGAUCACGUUUGUGCCACUGCAACAACCCGUUCUCCACCUUGUCGUGGUGUUUCCACGCAUCAAGUGCCCUAUAAAAUUAUUAUGAAGCAAGUAAAUAGGUCUCUUUCUGGAAUCCAGUGGAAUAAAGAUCAGAAGUCUCCUUACUAUAACUAUAAAGAUUCUGAUGGCCGUAUUCAUCAAGUGUGGUUUGACAACCCUGAGAGCAUUUCCUUAAAGGCAGCAUAUAUACGAAGCCAUGGCUUACUCGGCAUUGGCAUGUGGAAUGCAAACUGUCUUGACUACUCUGCAGACCCUAUAGCCAAACAGCAAACUGAAGACAUGUGGAAAGCCUUAAAACCAAAACUGUGA